AUCCCGCGCGCUUCCUUUCCCCGCAGAGCCUGUGAUGAUGGCGGACGUGGUGACGGAGCGGGCCGCGGAGCAGACGGCGGCGGAGGACCGGGAGCUGAACGGCGAGGUGGGCGACGGGGAGGAGGCCGAGCCGGUGGAGGAGGCGGCCAAGAAGCGCAGGAAGAAGAAGAAGAAGAACAAGUCAGCAGCGGCAGGCGCCGAGCCGGAGGCCGAUGGCGUUGCCGCGGUGACCAAGCAGCUGGAGAAGCAGGCCAUCGAGGAGAAGGAGAAGGAGGAGGACGGCGAGGAAGACGCAGACGACGGAGAAAACUCGACAGGGAAAAAGAAGAAGAAGAAAAAGAAGAAGAAAGGACCCAAGUCUCAGACCGACCCGCCGUCUGUCCCCAUCUGCGAGCUGUACCCCAGCGGAGUGUUCCCCGUCGGACAGGAGUGUGAAUACCCCACCACUCAGGAUGGCCGCACGGCAGCGUGGCGCACGACCAGCGAGGAGAAGCGGGUGCUGGACAAAGCCAACGAGGAGGUGUGGAGCGACUUCAGACAGGCGGCCGAGGCGCACAGACAAGUCCGGCAGCACGUCCGCGGCUUCCUGAAGCCUGGCAUGACCAUGAUCGAGAUCUGCGAGCGGCUGGAGGACUGCUCCAGGAAACUGAUCAAGGAGGACGGGCUGAACGCCGGCCUGGCCUUCCCCACCGGCUGCUCGCUCAACCACUGCGCCGCCCACUACACCCCCAACGCCGGGGACACCACCGUCCUGCAGUACGACGACGUCUGCAAGAUCGACUUCGGCACGCACAUCAACGGGCGGAUCAUUGACUGUGCCUUCACCGUCACCUUUAAUCCAAAGUACGACAAGCUGCUGGAGGCCGUGAAGGACGCCACCAAUACGGGAAUCAAGAACGCUGGUAUCGACGUGCGCCUGUGUGACGUGGGCGAGGCCAUCCAGGAGGUGAUGGAGUCCUACGAGGUGGAGCUGGAUGGGAAGACGUACCAAGUGAAGCCGAUCCGGAACCUGAACGGACACUCGAUCGGUCAGUACCGGAUACACGCCGGGAAGACGGUGCCCAUCGUGAAGGGCGGAGAGGCCACCAGGAUGGAGGAGGGUGAAGUCUACGCCAUCGAGACGUUCGGCAGCACGGGGAAAGGCGUCGUCCACGACGACAUGGAGUGCUCCCACUACAUGAAGAACUUCGACGUGGGCCACGUACCCAUCAGACUGCCCCGGGCCAAGCACCUCCUGAACGUGAUCAACGAGAACUUUGGGACGCUGGCAUUCUGCCGCCGCUGGCUGGACCGCCUGGGCGAGAGCAAGUACCUGAUGGCCCUGAAGAACCUGUGCGACCUGGGCAUCGUGGACCCCUACCCCCCCCUCUGCGACACCAAGGGCUGCUACACCGCUCAGUUCGAGCACACCAUCCUGCUCCGGCCCACCUGCAAGGAGGUGGUGAGCCGGGGGGACGACUACUGACACCCCCGACCCCCGACCCCCUCCGCCCACCCUGCUACUGCAGCACCACCACGCCCCCGAUGCUUCCCCCGGCCCCCCUAGAUUCAGCCAGUCAUGCUGCCUCCAUGUUGGGGUGGAGUGGGUGGGGUGGGGUCUGUGGGGGGGCUCUGGUCCUGCUAUUCUGGCUCCGGGUGGGACCUGUUGCACCGCACCCCCCCCCCCCCCCCCCCCCCCCAUACCUGUGGCUGAUCCGUGGACAGGCUGUGCUCGGUUUGGAACGCUCCCCAAAUGUUUUUGUAAGAAAAAAAGAGGAUUAAACUAAUUUUGAUCAUUGAG